UGCGCGGCCAGUCGCCGUCCGCCCGUGCCGUCAGCAGCAGCCGCCCGCCGCCGACCUCUGCCUCCCGCCGCCGGCCAGGGCGCGGCUCCGUCUGGUGCGUGUGUGCGCGUGUAUGUGACUGACGGCGAGCUCUGUGGACAGCGGCGGCCGCGGCGACCAGCUCCGCGGUUUUUCUCUCCCCGGCGGCCCACUUCCGCCGCGACCGCCGACGUCUCUGUCACGUGACUCCUGCCCGGUCACCUCCUCUUGGACCUCCGGCCUUCCUCUCUGUCCCCAACCCUUCCCUGUCUCUGAUAUUGCACCUAUCGUAAACAUCCUUCAGUUGAACCGCUUUGACAGGCUAGGGAGACGCACCCUACCUUACCCAGUCUGCUGACCCGGUGCUGCUCACGGCAUAUCACCGUGACGUCACUCUGUGACCCUCCUCCUCCGUCCUCUGCCACCAUCCCCUCCCGCCGCUGUUCCCCGCCCCUCUCCCCACCUGCUCCCGCCGUCCCCCUCCCGUGCCCCUCCCGUCUACCAGCCGGGCGGCAUGUCUUCCCUGGGUGGCAGCUCGUCUCAACAGGAGCCCGUCUGUGUGGAGAGCCAGCGGACCACUUUCCGGCCCGGCAGUCUGUCGGGCAGUGCCGGCGACCUGUCUCGCUCCGGGGUGCAGGUGACGGCCCGUGUCCUCUUCGGCCCGGUGGUGUCCAUCUCCAAACUCAACACUUCAUCCAACAAGACCAAGACGCCGCCGAGCAAGUGAGGGCGCUGCUAGUGGCCUGCGCGUGCUGGCUGCAGCUGCGGCCGGCCAGCGGCCAGUGGGGGGCCGCCGAUCUGGCCGGCCGGCAGAGGGGCACCCCCGGCACCCGCGAGCUCAGCACGCUGAUCUCGCUGGCCGAGCUCGGACUGAACCACACCCAGUACCUGUACGACGUGCUGGAGCCCGACAUUUACCGCACCGGUCUGUCCCUGUCUCCGGACGAGCCCGGCUCGUACCUGGCCGCCUUCAACCGACAGCGGCCCCGCGCCAAGCACCUCGCCAAGUAUGGCUACGCCAGUCUGCACGCCAGCCGCCUCAUAUCGAAAAGGUACCAGCUGGCCCGCCAACACAUGGUCCAGCUGCAGGAGGUCUCUGUGCGCGGCACGGACCUCUACGACGGCUGUCCGACCAAGUCGCCCGAGCCCGACCAGACCGAGCCCUGUCCGCCGCUCUCUGUCUACUUCAGGACGGCGGACGGCAGCUGUAACAAUGCCAACAGCAGGUAUCUCGGAGCCGCCAUGACACCGUUCGCCCGCUUCCUGCCACCCAGAUACAACGAUGGAGUGCAGACGGCGCGCCGAUCGGUGAACGGCGGCACUCCACUGCCGUCGGCCAGGGACGUCAGUCUGACGGUGCACCGCGAUGUGAACCUCACCUCCACGCGCAUCACCAUGAUGGUGAUGCAGUGGGGGCAGUUUCUGGACCACGACCUCACCUCCUCUGCGCAGGCGCGCGGUUUCAACGGCUCUGUGCCGCGCUGCUGCCUGGAUGGCCGAGAGCUGCCCGUGGACGAACGCCACCCGGACUGCAUGCCCAUCAACAUCCCCACCUACGACCCGUUCUACUCGCGCUUCAACCAGACCUGCAUGGAGUUCGUCAGGUCGUCGCCGGCCCCUCGGCCCGACUGCACCCUCGGUCCCCGGGACCAGAUCAACCAGAUCACCUCGUAUCUGGACGCCAGCAACGUGUACGGCUCCUCUGACGAGGAGAUGACCCAGCUGCGGCUCUUCAACGGAGGUAUGCUGCGCUACACCCAUCUGCGUUACCGGAAGCCGCUGCUGCCGCCGGGCGGCGCCGAUGUGCACUCCGAGUGCAGGAUGACCAACGACAACCUCUACUGCUUCACGGCCGGCGACGACCGCGUCAACGAGCAGCCAGGUCUGACGUCAAUGCACACGCUGUGGCUGCGCGAGCACAACCGGGUGGCGCGCGAGCUGGCGCGCUUCAACCCCGGCUGGGGCGACGACCGGCUCUUCCACGAGUCCAGGAAGGUGGUUGGUGCUAUGAUGCAGGUCAUCACCUACAACGAGUGGCUGCCCGUCGUCCUCGGCCGCUCAGUCAUCAAGAUAUUCGACGUGACGCUGCAAAAGUACGGCUACUUUUACGGCUACAACAGCUCGGUGAACCCGAGCAUCGCCAACUCGUUCGGGGCGGCCGCGUUCCGGUUCGGCCACUCGCUGGUCAACUCCAAACUCAGCCGCUGCGACAAGUUCGGCAACCACAUGAACCUCGACAUCUCGCUGCACAAGGAGCUGAUGAAUCCUGCUCAGCUGCACAACAUCGGCAGCGUGGACCGACUGAUGUUCGGGCUGCUCUACCAGCCGGCGCAGCGGCGCGACGUCUUCAUAAGCCGCGAGCUCACCAACCGACUCUUCCAGACCAACCAGCCGUUCGGCAUGGACCUGGCAUCGAUUAACAUCCAGCGGGGGCGGGACCACGGACUCCCGCCGUACAACACCUGGAGACGCGAGUGCGGCCUGCGCCGCUUCACCAACUGGGCCCAGCUGCUCAAAGUCAUGGACGACGACAGCGUCGGCAGGCUCCGUGUGGCCUACAAACAUCUGGAUGACAUCGACCUGUUCGCCGGAGGCCUGGCCGAGCGGCCCGUCAAGGGCGGCCUCGUGGGGCCCACAUUCUCCUGCAUCAUCGGUCAGCAGUUCCUCAACCUCAAGGUGGGCGACCGGUUCUGGUUCGAGAACGGCGGCAUGAAGUCGUCCUUCACACCCUCCCAGCUGCACCAGCUGCGGAAGACGACGCUGGCGCGCGUGCUGUGCGACAACCUGGACGACAUCGACGUGGUGCGGCCGCUGGUCAUGCGGACCGGGUUCGUCAGCGAGAGGAACCGCCCGGUGUCGUGUCAGCUGAUCCGCCGGGUGAGCCUGAGACCGUGGGCCGAGAACCAGGAGCCGCCGCCGCGGCCGUCCCCGUCCCCUCCGCCGCCACCGGCCGAGCCGGCCCUCUCCCGACCGGCCGAGGCCUUCCAGUUCACCCCCAAGAACCGCGUGCGCCUCAACAUCACGGCGCUGGGCCAGCAGCAGAUUGCGGAGCUCGCAGAGAUACACAGCUCGCUCAGCAACCGGCGGCCGUCGCCCCAGUACCUGCUGGAAGACGAGCUGGAGGCCGCCCAGGAGCCGGCCGAGAACUACCUGGAGGAGCUGCCGGCGCCGCUGCCGGCCUCCAUCGCCUACACGGGACGGCCGCUGUACGACCUGCUCGACCUGGGUGACCUGCUGGCGCGCCGGCCGGUGCGCCGGCGCCGGGCGGCGGGCGCCACACCGCCGGCCGCCUGAGGGCGCGGCUCGGCCCGGUCAGCCCGGUCAGCCCGGCACUGGCAGCCUGUCCGGUACAGUCUGCCGGGGACUGACAGCCGACAGUGGCACUGACAGUGGUACUGAUCCGACCCGACUGACGACAGCACCGAUCGGGGAGGGACGGGAGGGGACAGUUACUGAACUCCCGACCGCUCCACACGGGAAGGGACGGGAGGGGACUGACAGUGACCGCUGCACGUCCGGCCGCACCAUCUGCGACAGUAGAGGCCCUGGGGAGUAGCUCCGGUGACACAGCCACUGAACUGACCGGACACACGACUGCCCCACACGGGCGUUUUAUAGUCAGCCCCCGACUGGCUUUCCAUUCGUAGAUUUACUGACUACGGCUGUCUUUUUGUUGUUAUAUGUGUAAGUUGUUAUUUUGUUUUGUUACAUAUUUUGUUGAGUUUUACUGAUCAAGAGUCAGUAUUCAGUAAGUGAACCCGAGCAUAGGUUCGGAAUCUAUUAUUUAUCAGUGAACCCUAAACAGUUAACGUACCGGACCACGGCAACCCCGCUGCGACGCCCUAUUUUUGCAAUAAGUUGAGUUGUGAGACGUUUUCGUGAAAAGAGUCUUCAAGGCAGGUUCACCUUGAUCCGUGACCAUAUCGAUACAUGAUCUCGCCAAUACGUGACUUGGACGCUACAAUUACGCUCCCACCCAAAUCUGUACUGUGACGUGUGGUGCGUGGCGUGACAACUUCGUGACAUGAUGUGACAAUUUGGUGACAUAUCGUGAUGAGACGUACCUAUCCUGUGAGACUGGUGCACACGAGCCUUUGGUAACGAACCCACCGUACCACGAGCUAACUGGGGCGUCUGAUCAGUCAUGUGUGAACGACAAACCCUCCAGUCGAUGUUACCGAGCUCCUCUUGGAGACGAAAACCUGAGCUUUCACACCCAAACCCCGCUAAAGGACCGUGAUGUUACCUACUUGCCGCAGAAAUCAGGCACCAAGCUGGAAGUAUUGGUUGUCCAGUGGCAUGAUUUCAAUGUUUGUAAAUAUUCGCCGAAUGUUUCGGCUUAACAAAAGACAAGGUCAUAAUGUGAUAAGCCUCAAAUGACCCGUUACCAAUUCGAAUUAUAGUUGAACAUAUCGAUUAAUUUAAGAGGGUUCCUAACGCUUUUGGAAAGUUGUACCAGCAUGCCCUUUUUCUUCCUGUAGUUUAAUUGUUGCAUGCAAAUAAGUUGUGCAAGGAGCACAUGAAAAAUUCUUUGCAAGGAUUAGGCAUACCAUUACCCGAUGAGUCCUUUAUCAAAGACUAUAUUUUGUGACCGGGAAUAGUCACAUUUUUAGCUUAAAACAGCAUGGCAGUAUGGCUACGAUUCGAGCUUCCCUUUGUGACCGAUAAAGCCAUGUUUGGACAUUGGACGCUGACAAUUUUGCUAUCGAUUGCGUUGAUCGGACAGACGAACCAGACAUGACCAAUGUGCUUAACGGACUUGGUAAUCCGAUAUUUGACGGAGCAAUCUCGACUUGUGUCCUUGACGAGCCUACUGCCGGACGUGACUUUGACUAAGGUGUUUCCUAGAAAUCCGCUUGUGAACUACGUUUGAUUGUCAGUAAACUAAUUAGUGCUGUUGAAUGACAAUAGACUGACCGGACAAUUGUACUUGUGUGACUGCAAUACUGACUUGUACGACCGACAACCUGUGACUCCAUACUGCAGACCACAGACUGACUGUGUAUGACCUGUGUGCCUAUGUGGACAAUGGACAUACAAUGGACUUCUGACACCG